UUGGGGCUGCCGAAUGAACGUUUUCGUCUGGCUCGAUCCUUGCAGCUGGUGUGCCGACGUUGCUGUCGUUUUCCAGAAAAAUAAAGCUGUGUUUGUAAUUAUGACAUUUCCUAGCCACAAAUAAGGAUGAUUGAAAUGCUUCUCGUUUGAAAAACAUUAUGUACAGUGUGGUGCAUUCGUAAAGUUUUUUCUUUUGUUUAACGAGGUCUGGUGAGGACCACAAGACAGCAUUUCAAAAUGAUGUUUCCAAAUCAAUAGACCGUCCUGCAUGAACCAUUUCCCGCCCGCCAUUUGAGUUGCCCAUGUCCUCCUCAGAGCCGAGCACGGCUCCUCCCCGUCCGCUUGCUGUGCUGUGACAGGGUCCGACCCGGCCAUGGGCAAGGACGGCAAUAACGGUUUCAUUCUCUCGUCUAAGAAGGCCGCCUGCCGUUACCGCGGCGAGCAGGGGCGGGAGGUGGAGAAGCUGCGCGCCGCCCUAGAGGCAGAGAAGAGCAAGAGCAGGCAGGCGCAGCGGAAGCUGGCGGUGGAGCUGAGGCGUCUCCGGGAGGCCGCCGAGCAGGAGCGUCUGAAGGCGGAGCGGGACCUGACCUCCAGGCAUGAGCAGGAGAAGGCCCUGGAGCUGCUGAGGCUGCGGGAGGCGCUGCAGAGGGAGCGCCACGCCGAGGUGCGCAGGAUCCUGCGCCUCAAAGGGGAGGAGCUGCGGGCCGCCGGCGGCGGCCUGGAGAAGGAGCGAGAGUCCGCCCGCAGGCAGGCCCGGGAACUGCAGCGCCAGCUGGCCCGGGGACCCGUUGGCAGGUCCGGCUCCUGCAGGGCGGCGGGGAGGAGGGCUCCCGGUUGCCCGGGCAACCUGGUGACCUACCAGCGGCUCGAGCGGGUCCUCCAGCAGCUGCGGCGGGAGGCGGAUGGCGAGCGGGCCGCCCUCGUCCGACGCCUCGGAGAGGAGCUGGAGCUGGAGAAGAGCUACUUCCUCCGCCACCUGCUGGAGGCGCACGGCUGGGCGGAGCCGGAGGUGAGCGGGCGGAGCAGGCGGAGGUCCUCCAGCUGCUCCCAGCUCCUCGGCAGGCCCGCGAAGGCCGAGCCGGACCACGCCCGCGGCGGACAGCGCGUGUCCCGCUCCCGGUCCUUGCCGCAUAAGUCGAGGAGCGCCUCACCGGUCCCCGAGAAAAGCGACGAGGGAGACCCGCCCCGCACCUCCCGCUGCUCCUCCUCGGCGAAGGAGGUGUCUUUCUGCAGCAGCGCGUCUUCGGAGUCGCGCUCCACGCAGACCUCGCCCGCUGAAGGGUGGAUGUCCGUCCUCCAGCACUCCGUCACGGAGUCGGCCGUGUUGGACGAGUCCUCCCUGUCCAAAUGCUCUCUCUCCGACAUGGAAAGCACGAAUGGCACAGAUUACGGAUACCUGGUGCGGCAGAACUCGGAGUUGCUGCGGGCACUGGACGAGCUGGAGAAGACUUGUGCGGCUCUGAAGGAAGAGAAUGGCCUUCUGCGCAAGAGCAGCUCCCCGGAGACGGAGGAGAAGGUGAAGAGGCUGAAGAGGAAGAACGCCGAGCUGGCCGUCAUCGCCAAGCGCCUGGAGGACAGGGCUCGCAAGCUGCAGGAGGCUAACCUCAAAGUGGUGAACGCGCCCGUCCCGAUGAAGGCGGGGGCGGUGGAGCAGUACAAGCGGGCCUUCGCCCGGCAGCGGGCGCGGGACCUGGCCCAGCACGCCGACACCCUGCUCUCCAAGGACAAGGAGAUCGCCGCCCUGCAGCAGGAGUGCAGGGAGCUGCAGGCCCGGCUCGGCACCGGGAAGGGUUCCCCCAGCCCCUCCGGGGUCCCGGAGUUCGAGCGCCUCCUGCGGGAGUCCCAGAAGGAGGUGCUGAGGCUGCAGAGGCAGCUGUCCGUGUCGUCCUGCAGAGAGCCGUCCGUCGCCAGGAGCGACAAGGACAAGGCGGCACCGGAGACCCCUUCGCCUGCGGUGGAUGAAGCCCCAGCCCGGAGCGAGGAGGCUCGGGGUGAGGAGGAGGAGAAGGAGGAGCAGGGGGCGCCAGUGAGCCCGGAGCCCGCAGUCUGCCUCCCCAGCGCGGACCAGUCUGAGGAGCAGCGGCUGCAGCUGCUGGAAAGCGAGCUGUGCAAGAAGAGGAAAGAAUGCGAGAACCUUGAGCACGAAGCAAGGAAACGGCAGAAGAGAUGUCUGGAUUUGGAGAGCCGGCUGGAGGACGAGCAGGGCAGGAAUGAGCGAUUAGAGGAGGAGGCCGACCGUCUGAGGGGGAAGGCACAGCUGCUCGACCAGGUCCAGGUUGAGAAUGAGGUGCUGAGGGACGACCUCUCUGACGUGACCGCUCAACGCAAUUCAGUGCUCGAGGAGAACCAGAGACUCCGCGCCAAACUGGAGAACCUAGAGCAGGUCCUAAAGCAUAUGCGAGAGGUAGCUGAGAGAAGGCAGCAGUUGGAACUGGAACAUGAGCAGGCUCUGGCUAUCCUCAAAUUCAAGCAGGAUGAGAUCAAGCGGCUGCAGCGGGCCCAGUUUUUUGCCAAGAGGGAACAUGAGGGGGUUGUGCAGAUGCUGGAGGAGUUGACCCAGCUAGUGUUGCAGAGAGAGCUGUCGAAGGUGCGAGACCUGGAGGAGAAAUGCAGAAGCCAGAGCGAGCAGUUCGGCCUGCUCUCCCAGGAGCUGGAGAGGUUCCGCCUGCAGACCGGCAAGAUGGACGCAGGCAGCAGCUCCACGCUACCCAAUCCGGGCCUCUCCCACCUGACCAAUGGGAUCGGGCUGGGCGGGGAGAGAGAGUCUCUGAGCUCGUGGGAUUUGAUCAGUCUGGGGGACGUCGCCUUCUGGAGUCUGGAAGGGAGUGACGGUCCAUUUUGCGACCUGUCUCUGCAGGGUAUACAUUACCUGGGGCCCGUUCCCCGCCCCGCGGCCGCCGCUCACGGGCCGGGCCCGGCGCCGGGCCGGGCCGACCGGUCGCCCGGCACCCGUCACCGAGAGCUGCCGACCAUCAGCGCCAAGUCGGGCUCCACCUCCAGCACCCCCAAGUCCGACUCCAAGCACCUCACCCCCAAGUCCGAGUCCCUCCCUCACAGCCCGCGGAAGUCGUCCCCUACGCACGAGGUCGACACGGCCAGUGAGGUGGAGGAGCUGGACAUUGAUGUUUCCCCGAUUCCGUACCCCGGGAGCAGAGUCGCCGCUAAGCUGCAGGUCUUCAUUGCCAGAUACAGCUACAACCCCUACGACGGUCCCAAUGACAACCCAGAAGUAGAACUGCCACUCACGGCUGGAGAGUACAUCUAUGUCUACGGAGAUAUGGAUGACGAUGGCUUCUACGAAGGGGAGCUGAUGGACGGGCGGAGAGGGCUGGUCCCCUCCAACUUCGUGGAGCGGGUUUCCGACGACGACAUGAUGAGCCUGCACCCCCCGGAGGCGGGCGAGCUCUCGCACGGCUCCUUCCAGGACAGCAGCCUGCACAGCGAGAAGCACCUGCGCUUCAGCCUCAGCAGCUCGGGCCGGGCCGAGCCGCCCGCCCCCGACAGGGCCCCGGCCCCGCUGGCCAACGGCCUGGACCUGGACGCGGAGGAGGCGGGCCUGGACUCAGUGCCUUACCCGCGCAAGCUGACCCUGAUCAAGCAGCUGGCCAAGAGCAUCAUCAUCGGCUGGGACCCGCCCCUGGUGCCCGCCGGCUGGGGCAACGUGUGGGGCUACAACGUCUUCGUGGACGAGGAGCUGCGGCUCAACGUGCCCUUCGGCGCGCAGACCAAGGCCGUGCUGGAGCGGCUGGACGUGGGCCUCAGGUCCUACCGGGUGUCCGUGCAGAGCCUGACGGACAGGGGGGGCUCGGACCGGCUCCGCUGCAGCCUGCUGGUGGGCCGCGACGUCAGCGUGGCCCCCACCGGCCUGAGGGCGGACUGCGUCGCCGCCACCUCCGCCAACCUCGCGUGGUUGCCCAGCAACAGCAACUACGUGCACGUAGUGUCUUUGAACGACGAGGAGCGGGAGCUGGUGAAGGCCGGCAGCUACUCGCUCUGCCUGAGCAACCUGGAGCCCAACAAGCAGUACAGGGUGAAGGUGGAGGCCCGGCCCCACCGCACCCCCUGGGAGCUGCCCCUGGAGCGGAGGGAACACAAGAGUGCCACGACCUCCUUCACCACGCUGAUGGCAGGGCCUCCCGACGCCCCGCUGGACGUGCAGCUGGAUUUGGGCCCCACCCCCGGCAUCGCGCUCAUCAGCUGGCUCCCCGUCACCAUCGACGCCGCCGGGACCUCCAACGGCGUCCGGGUGACGGGGUACACCAUCUUUGCCGACAAGAACAAAGUGUUGGAGGUGUCCUCCCCGACGGCGGGCAGCGCCUUGCUGGGCCCGUCCCAGAUCCACGUCCUCAAGUCCGCCAGCGAGCUGACGGUGCGGACCACGUCCCCCCACGGCGAGUCCGUGGACUCCGCGCCCAUCAAAGUCCAGCCGAGACUCCUGGCCAUCACGACGGGCCCGGUUCCUCCUCCCCACCCGUCCCCGCCCGCCUGUUCUGACGCCGCCGCCUCCCUCGACCCCGCCCCUCGCGCCACGCCCCCACCGACGGACAACGCUUCUGCCAAACCGCCCACGCCGUUCCACUCCCCGCCACUAGAGGCGCACUCCGCUCCCAGAGGGUCCUCCGCUGGCGCUCCCAAAGCGGAGCCCUCCUACGCCGAGGCCUGGGCGGACCCCUCCGUCUCCGUCGGAGACGUCCCCGUCGUCACGCACAAGGUCUCCGUGGCGUCUCCACCCCGCAGCCAGCUCACGGUCAGUGUGGCCAUGUCGUCCGGCACCGACGAGGCCUUGGAGUCCCACAAAGACCCAGACAGCCCGGGGGCCCGGCGGCCGGCCGUGUCCCUCUCCGAAUUCCUGGAGGAGGCGGUGUCCAGCACCGAGCCCAGCGCCCCCCUCACCGUCUCCUCACAGCCCCUUCUCACCACCUCCUCCCAGGCCCCUCCCACCGCCUCCUCCCAGGCCCCUCCCACCACCUCCUCCCAGGCCCCUCCCACCGCCUCCUCCCAGGCCCCUCCCACCGUUCCCCAGGCCCUUCCUGCUGCUCCCCAGGACCCCCUGAACCCGCCGGACACCCACCCACUGCGGCCGGUCCACCCCUCCCCGCUGGAGUCGGAGACGGAGGACGACAGCGCACAGAGCGCCCGGCUGGUGUCCAUCGAGGAGUUCCUGGACCCCGGCGACGGAGGCUACGCAAAGAGACGCCAGGACUACGCGGCGGGCCCGGCGGAGCCGCUGAGCGAGUACCAGGCGGAGAGCAGCCGCGGCUCGGACCUGUCGGACAUCCUGGAGGAGGAGGAGGAGGACCUGUACUCGGACCCCGCCGGGGAGGAGAGGAGCCGGGGCUACGGCGCGGGAGGAGCGGCGGUCCGGGAAACCCUCGGCAGCGAGGACCCCCAGCUGGCCGAGGCGGCGGCGGCGGCGGCCUGGUACGGGCAGAGCUCGCCGAAGCAGGGCCGCGCCGAAGCGACGCAACCCAAAGACGGACAGCUGGAGGCGGAGCCUGAGAGGCUGGUUGCCGACGGCGAGGUGCGCAUCUUCGUGGCCCUCUUCCCCUACGACCCCGCCGUCAUGUCCCCCAACCCGGACGCCGCCGAGGAGGAGCUGCCUUUCAAGGAGGGGCAGAUUAUCAAGGUGCACGGGGAGAAGGACGCCGACGGUUUCUACCGCGGGGAGUGCGGCGGCCGCCUGGGCUACGUGCCGUGCAACAUGGUGUCCGAGAUCCAGGUGGACGACGAGGGGACCCGGGACCAGCUGCUGCAGCAGGGCUUCCUGUCCGCAGAGGCGUCCAUGGAGAAAAUAGUGGAAUCUGCCGGUGUUUGGGAGGACAGUGUAGACUCGAGUAGAGGUUCCAGCCAGCCUGUCGGCGGACCUCAGUCCCUCGCCCCCCGCAGGAUGGUGGCCAUCUUCGAUUACGACCCCCGGGAGAGCUCCCCCAACGCCGACGUCGAGGCCGAGCUCAAAUUCAGUGCCGGGGACGUCAUCUACGUUUUUGGGGACAUGGACGACGAUGGAUUCUUUUACGGCGAAGUGAACGGGCAGAAGGGUCUGGUGCCGUCCAACUUCCUGCAGGCCCUUCCUGAGGCUGGGGCCGAGGCGGCCGGGGGCCCCGUGGGGGACCAGGGGACGUCAGAGAGCAGGCGGGAGUCCCAGGCGAGCCUGACCGUGUCAGAGGACCCGCCCGCACCCUCGAUAGCCGCAGAAGAGGAGUCCCCCCCAGCUCCCGAGCCGGCCCCCAGCACCUCUCCCCCCCGCCCCCCUCCCUCAGAGAGCCCCACUCAGACUGACGCCUCUCCCCCAGGAAAGAAGAAGAAGGGCUUCUUCUCCAAAGGGAGGAAACUGCUCAAAAAACUGGGCUCCAGCAAGAAGGACUGAUGCCAGGACAGCCUCCCUUUCUUUUUUUAGCAGAAAGCACUUUUUAACUUCAGUUUUUAUUCUGUUCAGUGCUGGUUAUUAAGGACACUGGCCGUCCUCUCCCAGAGAUGCAUUGAGAAAAUGUUGACCAUCUCUGGAGAUUCCUAUAAGCACUUAAAGUUUGUUUGUCCAUUGAGCAUUUGACCUGGCUUUCACUGCUGUUAUUGAACGAGGAGAUGGCAUUGCAAGGCUUUGAAGCUGCAUGUUUAAGUAGGGUACACUUCCUUUGCCCUUUUAACUGCUCAAAUCCCUUCACCAGAAGAGCUUACUAUUACUCCUGGCUGUCUAUUAGGCUUAUGUCAAAAGCUGGAAUAUAUUUGUGCAUAAUUGUUAACAAUAGAAGCAAUUCAGAGGUAAAACCUAGUAUGCCACAUGGUUUUAUAGUUGUAUGACUCCAUACCUUCGGAAACACCCACGGGAGUGUUACUUAUUGUUUUAUGUGCGAGUUGACCUGUAAAUGGUUUCUUAGCUAUUGUUCAAUGCCGGAUGGAAGGUAUUCUCUCCUUGUUCCUCUUUUGGGUUGUUCACACUUAUCAAGUGGGUUGAAAAGGGACUGAGUUUUAAAUGGAUUUAAUCUGUUCAGUGGUAAUUGCAUGUUACUUGUCUGAGGUGUUUUUAUAAGUGUUUUAAUGUCUUCGGCGUUUGAAAUACCACCCUGUUCAUGCACUAUUGGUUUGUUCGGUGCGGCAGUUUGCACAUACAAUAAGUGUGGCCGUGUUUGUGCGGUAGCAUACAUGAGCUUAUUGGCCAUGCUUUUGCCGACGUGGAGCUGUCGGAUGAUCGCAAGAUCUUUUUUUUAGUGUGACAGCUCCUGGGUAUUCAGAAAUGCUUCAGUAUUCAUUGGCUUUCUAAUGAAAACGAUGCAGCGUGAAAUAUUAUUUGUGUUGCCGACAAACUUCCCCCCCGCCGCCCCCCCCCCCCCCCACCACCACCACCACC